GCUCGGCGCCACAGAGCGAUGACACCGGCGUCUCUCCCCAAUCCUCGGACACCUCCAGUCCAAAGCAUCCCUCCGAUCGGAGGAAACGCAGCUCAAAAGGAAAAUACAACCGCAUCUAGUGCGCAGGAUGGAGGAUUUUUGUUUUGAGAAAAAAAAAAAGAAAAAAAAAUGACUGAAGGAAGGUCGGAAGCAUGCGAGACGGCUCGGCGUGUGCGCAAGGAGCUCGGAAGCAGCCGAAGAUAAGAACUUGAGGAGCUGCAACUUUUAUCGACUUUCAGGUCCACUCGCUUCCCUCUCGUAUCCAUCACACUUGUGCGGACCGCUGGGCUGUUUGCGCGCGUCUGGACACAGCACAACAACGCAAACUGUGCGUAUUUGUGUGUGUGUGUCUGUGUGUGUGCGGGUUUUUUUGUACACUGAGGUUAUGUUUUGUGGAGCCGAGGGGAAAUUGCUUCAGCUAGACCAACAAGAAGAAGAUCAAGAAGAUGUCCGGCUGGGCUUUGUGGUUGAAAACUGAGAAAAAAAUGAAAUCUCGGGAUUAACUGACAGCACGACGACAGAAUGAAGGAGCGAGACCUGCGGGGAACGUGCAGAAAGGCGCUGCUGCUGACCGUCUGCAUGCUGUCUCUUUGGGGACAACUGAGCAUCGCGUCGUCGCACCGGAGCCACAUCGUUCACGUGAAGGCAGGAACCUGCGAGGUGAUCGCCGCGCACCGAUGCUGCAACAAGAACAAGAUCGAAGAGCGAUCGCAGACCGUCAAAUGCUCCUGCUUCCCGGGACAAGUGGCGGGAACGACGAGGGCGGCUCCGUCUUGUGUGGACGCAUCCAUCGUUGCACAGAAGUGGUGGUGCCAGAUGCAUCCCUGCAUGGACGGCGAAGAGUGCAAAGUGCUGCCGGACUUUAAAGGAUGGAGCUGCAGUACAGGCAACAAAGUGAAGACCACCAAGGUCACACGAUAGUCGUCUGUUUGGGACCAGGCGUCGUUUAUUUCACAGUUGGACACUCGGAUAUAAUUUUUUUCCCCCCCUAGGAUUGCUGGAGACCAACAAGGACUUUGGUCACAGACAGUCCCUCAAAAAAGGACAAUGGAAUGGGCUUCAAAUAAGACUGCGUUUCCCAAAAAGAUUCCCAACGUUAGCAUCAUCGGUAACUCGACUCCUCAGCAAACAUCUCUUUGUAUUAUAGUUUGACUCCUACGGACCAGAGGACUCCAACAUGAAGAUAUUUAUUAGCUGAAAGACUGUGGAUUACGAUAACAGCAAACUAAAAAAAAAAAAAAAAAAGUAAGAAGAAAAAUGUGA